UCAAAUUCGAAAGACGAUUCUCCUAUUCCGUAAGUGUUGCUGACCGGACCCGGAGUAGCGACAUUUAUCGAGUUUUCACUGUAGCAAUAGAAUUUCGUCAAAGUGGUCACUUCGACGUUUUCUUCAUUAAAUUUUUUCGAAUUGUAGGAUAUAUUGAAUUUGAAGUUUAUUUCCACUUAAACAAAAAGGAAUAAGUUUAUAUAUCUAUGUCAAUAGAACGCGUAUAGCGAAUGGAGAACUAAUCUAAAUCUAAAGAGCUAAAGAAGCUAAAUCUAUCUUUAGCUAAAGAACUUUUUUCGAUCUAAGAAAACGGGUGAAAAACUGGUUUGUCGAGCAGUUAUUGACCAAUCAAUUACCGGAAAGCGUUAAUGUUAUGAAUAACGUUUCAUAGCAUUCUAUCUGAAUCAAUAAACCUCCAAUGGACCGUUACGCGACUCCGCCGCCAUCAAUAAGGUGACGGAAGACGGAACCGUAUACAUAUGUAGAUAAAUAAUACGGUCCGUUGGACUUGGCGCCUUGCCCCUUCGGCGGUCUUCCUGCAUUGCAAUGUCAUCUGCAUAUUGUGUAACAUAAAUAAUCUGUUUAAAGGUUUCCCAUUAUUUUUCUUUCAUUUCACAGAAAUACACGAUUUUAAGACGAUAUUUUCGAUAUUUUCUUUUCAUUAUUAUACUUAUAUCCUUGGACAAUCGAGGCUCGAAAUUUUAUGCCGAUUGCCAAGGUCGGAAUUCGGAAUUCAGCUGUUGGAAGAACGAGAGAGGUUGAUGCACUCAAUUAUGUCAAAUCUGGUCACAUUGCUCGCAAGUCCCUAUAGAAAAUCGUUCUUAAUGAUCGGUAGCGGAAUUAGUUGGAAAAUUUUCGAUUUCAUACUGCAUACAUGAUUUUCUAUCGUACGAAACGAGAAUUUUUCAACUAAUUAAUCAUAAUAGAGCAUUAAGUAAUUAUUAGAAACAAUGUUUUAUCUUUCGUGUAUUUUUACAUAAUGUUCCAAAAAGGAAAAAGCAAUAGUUCUAACUGUUACAAUAAAAAAAACAAAUAUGAAGUGAACUUAUAAUAUUAGCCAGCAAUAUACAUGUACAUAAACGAGGUAUGGAACUUCCAUAAUGAAAUAGAGAUAUCAUUCGAGGAACUUUAUGUUACGUGAAAACAGAAACCGAUUUCUUCGGUUUUGUGGUUAUGUUCUCCAAGGCGCGCACAUAACCAACGAAAACAAAGUGUUUGUACCAUUAAAUAUUAAUGCUGUAUGUUAUUAGAAUGUAUUGAAAUAAGAUUAAUCUGAAGAGUUGUAAAUUCCACUCGAAAUGAACAAUUUAGUAAGGUCGUGUCUUUUUACGAGAAGUUUAAACAUUCGACGUUUGCAUUCUAUAAAAUAUACGCUAGACGCCGAAAACAGACAAUUGUACGAGGAUAUUUUUCCUGAUAUAUGUGAAAAGGACAUAAAGAAAUUGUGGAAGAGCCCUCCGCAAUGUGUCUACACAGGGUUCGAUCCAACUGCGGAGAGCUUGCACGUAGGAAAUUUACUAGUUCUGGUGAAUCUCCUCCAUUGGCAACGCUGCGGUCAUCAAGUGAUCAUUCUCUUAGGAGGUGGUACAGGUUUGAUCGGUGAUCCAAGCUUCAGGAAGUCAGAACGUGUCGAAAUAGAGGAUGUCGUGUUGCAUGAAAAUAUAAAAUCUAUACGAAAUGACAUAAAGCAGAUCUUCAGGAACCAUGAGAGAUACUUUUGCAAAAAUGUGAGAAGUCUGACUCCUGUGAUCGUACAUAACAAUUUAGAGUGGUACAAUGAUAUGAAUAUAAUCUCCUUUAUUAGGGAGAUUGGAAAAUAUUUUAGAAUGGGCACCAUGUUGGGUCGUUCCUCGGUCCAGUCUAGAUUAGAAUCCGACAGUGGUAUGAGUUUCACAGAAUUCAGUUAUCCUCUAUUUCAAAGCUACGACUGGCUACAUUUGCAGCGUACAUACAAUUGCAACUUCCAAGUUGGCGGCCAGGAUCAGAUGGGAAACAUAAUUUCUGGCUAUGAUCUGGUAACCAAGUACACCAAAAAGCAAGUUUAUGGAUUGACAUUGCCAUUGGUCACGGCCGAAGGUGGAAAAAAGCUUGGAAAGUCUGUUGGCAAUGCAGUUUGGCUUUCUUCUUCCAAGUCUUCCAGCUUUCAGCUCUAUCAGUACUUUAUUCGAACCGAAGACGCAGAUGUGGAAAAGUUUCUUCAAUAUUUUACGUUUCUACCUUUGCACAGGGUGAAAAGUAUCGUAGAAGAACAUUUUAAGAAUCCGGGUUUGAGGAAGGCGCAGAGGAUUCUGGCGGAGCAAGUUACAUUAUUGGUUCAUGGUGAAGAGGGACUACUGGGAGCAAAAAGAGCAUCCACAAUUCUUUACGACAAGUCCAUCGAAUCUUUGUCGAGAAUAAACGCGAACGAUCUGGCCGAAUUGUUGGAAGGUGCCACGGUAGUGGAAAUUUUCUCCGAACCCGGCCUCAGCAUUUACGACUUGGCGAUGAAAUCAAAAUGUUUCGAGAAAGAACAUGAUGCAAGGAGGAUUAUCGCAGCUGGUGGGUUCUACGUUAAUUAUUCCAAGGUUACUAAUACAGAAGAGGUUCUCGUCCCUGGAAUACAUAUAUUAAGCAACAAUAUAACGUUGCUCAGGGUUGGAAAAAAAACUUAUUAUAUUGUAAAAUGGCUAUGA